CAAUGGGGAGGCGCCUCCGACAGCCAAUGAGAAGGCAUCUCGAGUUCUGGCGCACCUUCAGGCUUCUCAUCUGCAGGUGGAGCGGAGUUCUCCCAGGGUUUGGGUCCCUCCGGCUGGCCGGCCAUGAACGCCGAGGAGGAGCAGUAUUUCUCGGCCAGCCAGCUCUACAAGGAGCCCUGCGCCUUCCAGAGGUCCCAGGACUACAGCCCCAGCCCGCCCGCCUGCCUCUACAUGGGCAGGCAGCCCCCACCGCCCUAUGCCAACCUUCUGGGAUCUUUGGAGCAAGGCAGCCCGCCGGACAUUUCGCCUUAUGAGGUGCCCCCCAUCGCCGAGGAGCCGGGCCUCUCCCACCUCCAGCCCCACCACCACCACCACCCUCACCACCUGCCUCCUCCUCCGCACCAGGAAGCCUUGCCCGCCUUCGCAGAGGGCCACGACGCCGGGGUCCUGGAGGAGACCAGGGGCCCCUUGCCCUUCCCGUGGAUGAAGUCCACCAAGGCCCACGCCUGGAAGGGACACUGGCCUACCACUGGGGGCGCCUUCCUGGUGGAGCCAGAGGAAAACAAGCGGACGCGGACAGCGUACACGCGGGCGCAGCUGCUGGAGCUGGAGAAGGAGUUCCUCUUCAACAAGUACAUCUCCCGGCCGCGCCGUGUGGAGCUAGCCCUCCUGCUGAACUUGACCGAGCGCCACAUCAAGAUUUGGUUCCAGAACCGUAGGAUGAAGUGGAAGAAGGAGGAGGACAAGAAGCGGGGCGGGGGGCUGCGCGGGGCUGCAGGGGGCCCAGCGGCCCCCGAGCAGGACUGCGCCGUCUCCUCCGGGGACCCCCUCCUACCCCACAAGGAGGAGGAGGAGGAGAAGGAGAAGGAGAAGGAAGGCCCGGCCAAGGGGGAGGAGGGGGCCUCUCUGGAAAGGGGCUCCCUCUCCCUCUCCCUCUCCCCCAGGGCCCAGCAGCACCCACAGGAAACACGGUGAAAGCAGAGCCAAUGGGAUGCCGGUGCGACACUGGGAGUAUCCGUGGCAGGGACGGGGAUUCAAGGAGACUUUGAUGAAGGACACACUUCUCAAGGGAAGAGAAGGGGUGGGAGCAACAAAGGGACUUGAUUCCUCCCAGUUCCAGUACUUCUUGUACCUUGUUUUACACUCCCACUGUGAAAAAAGAGACACUUUUGGUCAGAAGCGGGUUUAUUUCGAAUGUGUUGGAUAGAAACUGAGGCCGGAUCGACACUGCCCUAUAUCUCAGGAUCUGAUCUCAGAUUCUCUGCUUUGAACUGGGUUAUAUGAGCCUCCACUGUCAUGUAAUCUGGGAUAAGAAGAUAAUCUGGGAUCAGAUCCUGGGAUAUAGGGCAGUGUAGAAGAGGCCUGGAAGUACUGAAGUGACCUCUGGGUAACAAAUGUCCAGCCGCUGCCAGAACCGGGAGAGGGGUGAGGAAGGAUCCAGGAAUGUAAACCAGACCAAAAAUAUAUAUGACAACAUCUGUGA